CUCAAAUUUUCGACCUCCCUAUAAAAUACAAACCUAAAACCCUCUCAAAACUGUAUCUCCCACUUUCAGACUAAACCCUAACUUUUUUCGUAGACCUAGGGAAGAUCAGUCACUAACAGGGGAGACUAGCAACCAUGAGGCCGCCAAUGACCAGAGGACGUGGUGGUGGUGGAUUUAGAGGAAGAAGUGAUGGAGGAGGUAGAGGAGGAGGAAGAAGUUUCGGUGAUGGAGGUCGUGGUGGUAGAGGAGGUCGUGGUGGAGAUAGAGGAAGAGGUGGUGGUCGUGGUAGAGGAGGAGGUCGUGGUGGUGGACGUGGUGCUGGUGGAAUGAAAGGUGGAAGCAAAGUUAUUGUAGAACCACAUAGACAUGAAGGUGUUUUUAUUGCCAAGGGUAAAGAAGAUGCUCUUGUUACUAGGAAUAUGGUUCCUGGGGAAGCUGUAUAUGGUGAAAAGAGAGUUUCAGUUCAGAAUGAAGACGGAACAAAGAUUGAAUACAGAGUCUGGAAUCCUUUCAGAUCUAAGCUUGCUGCUGCUAUUCUUGGUGGUGUUGAUAACAUUUGGAUUGUUCCAGGAGCUAGGGUUCUAUAUCUUGGGGCAGCUUCAGGAACUACUGUCUCUCAUGUCUCUGACCUUGUUGGACCGACUGGAGUGGUGUAUGCUGUUGAGUUUUCACACAGAAGUGGAAGAGAUCUAGUUAACAUGGCAAAGAAGAGAACAAAUGUUAUUCCCAUCAUUGAAGAUGCUAGGCAUCCUGCUAAAUACAGGAUGUUGGUAGGCAUGGUUGACGUCAUUUUCUCUGAUGUUGCCCAACCUGACCAGGCUAGAAUCUUAGCUCUGAAUGCUUCGUAUUUCCUCAAGAAUGGAGGUCACUUUGUGAUAUCAAUCAAGGCAAACUGUAUUGAUUCUACAGUUCCGGCUGAGGCAGUCUUUGCCCAAGAAGUGAAGAAACUGCAGCAGGACCAGUUCAAACCAUCUGAGCAGGUUACUCUUGAGCCCUUUGAGCGAGACCAUGCUUGUGUUGUUGGUGGUUACAGAGUGCCCAAGAAGCAGAAGGCCUAGGACCGAAAAUGGAAGUGUUCCUCCAUGAGUUAUAUGCUGCAUAUACCAUCGUUAAUGGUGUGUCCGGGCAUUUUUUGGCAUCGAGAACAUAGUUCAAGGUCUAUAAAUUGCCAAAUACCAUACCAAACCCAGGCUUCAUUCAAGCUUCACUCGCCAGGUAAACCCAAUUAUGACUAUACAUAUAAUUGUCGCCAAUUCAGCGGAGGUUUGCUAUGGAGGUUGAAGGUUAUAGUGGAACCUUUGUCGCUUUUCACCUUGUACUGUACACAUUUUGGGCCACUCUCGUUUGCUUCACUAUUCGAGAUUACCACUUAUUCUCGGGCAGGUCAAUGAGAGUUCUGGAUGGUAUAUGAAUCUAGGAAUCCUAGAAUAAACAGGGGGUUAUUUAACUUUGGUUAGUACGGUUCUUCUCCCAUGAUUUACAUUGGAAGCUGAGGUUUAAGCUUCAAAUUUGUCACUCCAGCGCGCCAAUAUAUUGAAGUACUCGACGUAUUGCAAAAUUUGCUUUUAAUGUACUUUCUGUUCGGAUAGAUUUAAAAUGGUGUUCUUACAGAUUUGAUGAACAAAGUACCGUACUCUUCUGAUA